GACUACAUAAUUUACUGAUAAUGGCUUCAGCAGUUGUGAGUGGAGUGAAAAAAGUUUGUUUUGCGCAAAUAAACAACGGUUUUGUACUUGAAGAAGGCUCACAAAAUCAUCGACCAAUUACUGAAAAUACGAUAGAAAAGAAGUCAGAAAAAUCAGAAGAUACAGUUAAACUAGACAAAAAAGGAGUCGAUUUGCAUAAUUUGAAGACUAAGCCAAUCAGAGAUAUUAACUCAAAUGGAUUCGAGAAAAUUGAAAAAUCUCUGCUCCCAAAAAACUGUCAAAAAGUUGACACAACGGCCAUCCAUUUUCCAUGUUUGAUAGCUGGAGAACAACCACCACGACCUGUUCAUCUCGUAUUUUCGGGUUUAUCCGUAUCAGUAGGUCGACCGCCAAUACGAAGACCUGUAUUAAAAGAUGUUAGUGGUGUUGUUAGACCUGGACAAUUGUUGGCUGUUAUGGGACCAUCAGGUUGUGGUAAAACAACGUUAUUAAAUGCGUUAAGUGGUCGAGCACAUUUAGAUAGUGGUACAAUACGAUUAAAUCGUGAACGAUUAAAUAAACGAUGGAAACGUCGUAUAUGUUAUGUAUUACAACAAGAUAUAUUUUUUCCUGAUCUCACAUUGCGUCAAACCUUAGAGUAUACAGCACGAUUACGUUUAUCCGAUAAUAUGCCACAUGCACAGAAAAUGCAAUAUGUUGAUCAUAUAAUUGAUGUAUUGGAUUUGGGUUCAUGUCAGGAUACGAUUAUUGGUGAUUAUUUGAAACGUGGUCUCUCUGGUGGUGAAAAGAAACGUGCCAAUAUUGCAUGUGAAUUAUUAACGAAUCCAUCAAUUAUGUUAUUAGAUGAACCAACGUCAGGUCUCGAUUCUCAUUCCGCAUAUAAUUUAAUGUCAUGUUUAAAACGAUACGCUGUAACCGAAGGGAAAACCGUUGUGGUUACAGUACAUCAACCAUCAUCACAAAUAUUUCAUAUGUUCGAUAAAUUAUUGUUGUUAUGUGGUGGCCAAACAGCAUAUUUCGGUGAUGUUACCAAAGUUGUUGAUUUUUUUAGUAAUAUAGGUUUAACAAUUAUGCCACAUUAUAAUCCGGCCGAUUUUAUACUUGAACAGGUUAAAGGAUCACAUGAAAUGCGUGAAAAAAUUAUAGCAGCUGCAAGAGAUGCACGUUUACAACCAGGAUACCCUCAGGAAUUGUUACCAGAACAUUUACAACAUAUAACCGAAAAAAUUGUAACCAACCAUCAUGGACCUCAUUAUCACGUUACUCAUGUUCCAUUACAGCAUAAUCAUACGCAUUCGAAUAUAGAUGACACAAUAAACGAUUGUAACGGUGAAUCCGAAGCACGUUUAUGGUUAGACACACAAUCACAUGCCUCAUCCUCAAUAAGUAGUGAUUCACCCGAAACACCAGAUUGUUACUUCUCAUGGCCUACGAGUUUUUGGACACAAUUUAAGGUAUUAUCACAACGAAAUUUUCAAGAAGCACGACCACGAAUGUUAUCAAAAUUAAAUUGGGUACAAACAAUUGGUUUAGGUUUAUUAGCUGGUUUAUUAUGGUUUCAAUUAGAGCGACGUGAAAAUGCGUUGCAUGAUAUCCAAGGAUGGAUGUUUUUCUCGACAACGUAUUGGAUGUUAUUUGCAUUAUUUGGUGCACUUAGUUCAUUUCCACCAGAACGUGAAGUAAUUAACAAAGAACGACAAUCUGGUGCAUACCGUUUAUCCGCUUACUAUUUAGCUAAAAUGAUUGGUGAAUUACCAUUAACAAUAACAUUACCAGCCGUAUAUCAUUUAAUAUCAUAUCCAAUGUUAGGUUUUCAUAGUGUUUCAGUAUUUUUAACAUUAUUAGGAUUUUUAUUAUUAAAUACGAUUGUGGCACAAAGUGUUGGAUUCUUUGUGGGUGCAUCAUGUAUGGAUAUGCAAGUAUCAAUAACAAUUAGUGCAUUAUAUACGUUAGCAACGCAAUUAUUUGGUGGAUAUUUAGCAACGAAUAUACCACCAUGGUUGAAAUGGAUGCAAUAUUUAUCAAUGGUACAUUAUGCAUAUCAGAAUAUGCAAAUUGUUGAGUUUAGUGAAGGCGCUAGAAUAUUAUGUUCCGAACAAUCAAAAUUUAGUGUAUGUGAAAAUUCAACAUUUAUACCUGUGAAUGCAAUUUUAGAAGCGCAAGGUACGAGUUUACCAUUAUGGGCGAAUACACUUGUACUAUUAUUAUUUUUUGUAAUAUUCAGAGUGUUAGGAUACGUUGUACUUCGUUAUUUUAGAUGUCCCAAAUGA